GUUUGACGAACAGAUCUCUGGUGUCCGCAGUUCAUGUGCAUGACUUUACGUAAUGUGGUGUUACAAACUUUGCAUUUAUUGGAAUGAAUCGCACAUUUAUAUUUGUCGCGCUUUUGGCGGUUCUCAUUGGCCUUACAGCAGCUCAAUGGGGAUAUCCGUAUUAUGGAUAUUAUGGUUACCGUCCAUGGGGCUACGGAGGAUAUUAUGGUUACAACAGAAAUCCCAUUGGUGGUGCUUUACGAGGAGCAUUGAUGGGAGGCAUGAUUGGUGCCAUGAUGGGAUAAAGCGAGCACGAAACUUUUACGACUGAAAAGCGUGUUUUCAAAAGUUAUACUUCAUUCGUGAUGUAUUUGUUUUAACACAGUAUGGACCAAAGAUAUAUGGAAC